CAGCCUACAGGGCGGUGGAGCCGGGAAGUGGGAGCCGGAGUUCGAGGAGGCGGAGACUGCCGAGGCUCCAGCCCGGCCGGCCUCCGAGGCGAGGGGCUGCAUGGAGCGGCCCGGUAAACUUUUCGGGCUGUGGGCGCUGUUGCUCUGCGUUGGUGGUGGUGCCGCGUACCCCGAAACUCAACCACCUGUGACAAAUUUGAGUGUUUCUGUGGAAAAUCUCUGCACAGUCAUUUGGACAUGGAAUCCUCCUGAGGGAGCCAGCCCGAAUUGUAGUCUGCGAUAUAUUACUCAUUUUAGCAACAAACAGGAUAAGAAAAUUGCUCCCGAAACUCAUCGUUCUAUGGAAGUGCCCCUGAAUGAGAAAAUAUGUCUGCAGGUGGGGUCACAGUGUGAUAGCAAUGAAAGCGAAAACCCGAGCAUUUUAGUGGAAAAGUGCACCUUACCCCCUAUAGGUGAUCCUGAGUCGGCUGUGACUGAAAUUCAGUGCAUUUGGCACAAUCUGAACUACAUGAAAUGUACCUGGCUUCCAGGAAGGAACACAAGUUCUGAUACGAACUAUACUCUCUUCUAUUGGCACAGCAGCCUCAGAAAAAUACAUAAGUGUGAAAACUUCUCUAGAGAAGGUGAACACAUUGGUUGCUCCUUUGCUCUGACUAUGCUGGAAGAUUUCAGUUUUGAACAAUACAAUGUCCAAAUAAUGGUCACGGAUAAGGAGAAAAAAAUCAGACCCUUCUUUCAUAUAGUGCAUUUAGCGUCUCAUGUGAAACCUGAUCCUCCACGAAUUAAAAGUCUUUUCUUCCACAAUGGUUACUUGCAUGUGCAAUGGGAGAACCCACCAAAAUUUUUAAGCAGAUGCUUAUCUUAUCAAGUAGAAGUCAACAACAGCCAGCCUGUGACACACAGCAUUUUUUCCGUUGAUGAGGACAAAUGUCAGAAUUCAGAAUUUGGGGAAAACAUGGAGGGUACAAUUUGUUUCAUGGUCCCCGGCAUUCUUCCUGAUACUUUGAACACAGUGAGAAUAAGAGCUAAAACAAAUAAGUUAUGCUAUGAAGAUGACAAGCUCUGGAGUAAUUGGAGCCAAGCAAUGCAUAUAGGUGAAAAUGCCAAGACCACUCUGUACAUAACCAUGUUAUUCAUCCUUCCUGUCAUUGUUGCAGCUGCAAUCAUAAUCCUCCUACUUUAUCUUAAAAGGCUCAAGAUCAUCAUAUUCCCUCCAAUCCCUGACCCUGGGAAGAUUUUUAAAGAAAUGUUUGGAGACCAGAACGAUGAUACUUUGCACUGGAAGAGAUAUGACAUCUAUGAGAAGCAAACGAAAGAAGAAACUGACGUAGUAGUGCUGAUAGAAAACCUGAAGAAAGCCUCUCAGUGAUGGGAAUAAUUUAUUUGAACAUUCAAAUGUGACCUUGUGAAGAAUUAUCCCAUUCUUCAUUUGUUAUUGGGAACUUGGGAAAUGGGAAUGGAAACUACUGGACCUUUUCAAAACAGGCAGCUCUUAAGAGUCACAGGUUUCUUUAUGUUGAAUGGGAAGGUCCCUUUGUAGGAGAGAGUGGUGCCAUUCUUGUUGAAUCAGAAAAGCAGACAUUCUUUGCAAGGACAUCAAACUAGGUAACAGAAAAAAAUGAGGGUGCAGUAAAAUUAAUCUCAUUAGAGUUGUGAUAACUUCCUUUGUGCAUUAUGCUUUCUUUGUAUUCUUUGUGUCAAACAAUACCAACAAAAAUGUAUUUGUGGAGGAACUGAUUUUGGGUGCAAAGGCUAAUGCCAGACUUGAAUCACAGAGAAUUUCUAGAAAACAAAAGAGUGACCAUAUAUCUUAUCUGUUGCGUGGGAUCCUACUGAGUAGUGUUUGCGGCUAUUAAAAAAAACUUGUAAUAGUUCAGAAUCAUCAUGCACAUCAGCAACAAUUUUACUGCUUUAAAAGGCCCAAGCCUUAGUGCUAGCUCCCAUUGUGUUAACUACAGAAAAGGAGGGGCAACGUUACCAAAUAAGAGCUUGCAAACCCAAGGGAGACUUUGAAGGACAGUGGUGGCAAAAUGAAUUAUUGGGUAUUGAUUUUGAAUCAUGUGGUCUCUUCAACCGAUUUUUUCCCUUCACCACUGCUACUCAAAUCAUGUGCUAAGUAUCCAGAUUGUGAUAGGCCCCCCGGUAUGAGGUAGGUAUUUAAUUGGAACUCCUGAAUUCUUAUAUAAACGUCACCAGUCAUUUUUUCAUCUUUUCCUCCUCAAUUCCUACACUAAUUAUCCCCACACUCUAUUUACUGUAGUCUUUCAUCAUUUAGAAUUUGAAUAGGAAACUGCUUAGAAUACCUAGAAGAGCAGGGACUCACAUGCACUUCAAUAAAGAGCAAGGAGGCUGAGAUCCCAUAUCUAGUGCUUGAAUAUUUUGUCUCUUCUGUUGAAUCUGCAUUUACUUGAACAUUUAAGCAUUCAGAUUUCUCCCUGACUUUUCUAAACAGGAAUUAUUAGCUUCAGUUACAAGUUUUCUAUGCUUAAAAAUGUGCUUUUUCUCUCUCUUUAUAGCCCGAGCUUAGAAUUUUUCUCAUUUCCUUACUCUAUCAGUGGGAACACGUAGUUUUUCUGUCUUUCAUUGAUAGCUGACAUUUAAAGCAUCAUAGUUGGUUUCAUUUCUCCCUUUUAACCUAUAUGAGGUUUCAUUUUUUUUAAUUGUCAUCUUUUUAAAAAAUUUUUAUUAGUGAAACACCGUGAGAUACAGUUGUAGACUUACAAAUUUUUGUGCUUGGGUUUCAGUUAUACAAUGAUCCAGUACCCAUCCCUCCACCAGUGCCCAUUCUCCAUCAUUUACAUUUUUAAAAAAUUUUUGUUAGUGAAACACCACGAGGUACAGUUGUAGAUUUACAAAUUUUUGUGCUUGGAUUUCAGUUGUACAAUGAUCAAAUACCCAUCCCUCCACCAGUGCCCAUUUUCCACCACCACGGGUCCCAGUAUCCCCCCUUUUUCUUCAUGUCCAUAUAUAUAUGUACCCUCUACCCUCGUACUUCCUCUAAAUUUAAAGAAGUAUGGAAAUGAUAAUUCCCUCCUAGUUUUCUUUUUUCCCCUCAUACAUAUACUCAGAUUACCCAUAGGAACUUAAGGACUUUCUAUACAAGUUCUCCAAACACUCACCCAUUAAUAUUGAUAUAAUGAUGCUGCAUGCAAUUCUUUCUUAGUGGAAGGGAGAUCAGAGAUAUCUGUUCACCUCAUAUUUAGGGAAAAAGUGGUAACCUUCUUGCACCACAGUGGAGGACCACCAGACCUGGGCUUUCCUGAGGAAAUUAGGGGUGGGAAACUUAGAGGAGUUUAAGUUAAGAAAACUUAUGGAAACUUAGAUGGGAAUCCUAGAUGUAGGACAAUCAUAGAUAAUAAAUUUUUCCUAUCAUUAUUUUUGAGUCAGACAGGGGCUGGAAGAUAAGCAUAGUGGAUGAUCUGCUUUAUUCUACUGUUCUCUAGAUAGACUGGUUUCCCAUGUAGGCAUGAGUUUGCUUCCUAGCCAGGCGUUUCUAAUUCUGGGAAAUGAAACACCUAAAUGCCCCAUAUUAACCAAUUUUAUGGUUAUCCAAUGUAUAUUUAGCACUUGAUGGUGCUCUGUGCUCAAAAGACCUCCCUGGCAUCAAUCUCGGUGCUGUGCUCAGAAGUGACACCUGGCAGUGCUCACAGCACCAUAGGUACUACAAGGGAUAGAAUCAGGCCUGGCUGCAGCAAGCAAGGAAAGUGCCUUAGCCCCUAUAAUAUCUCUACUAUCUCUCUAGCUCUUGCAUCUUCAUCUCUUAGUAAUAAAAUUGUUGAGGGAAAAUGGGUCAUUGAAUCAUAGGAGUUCCUCUGUCUGUUUUAUAAUUGUUGGAAAGAGAUUCACAAGUCUUGGGAGAUAGUGAACAUUUUAAUAUAUCAGUGAAAUACCACUCCAUUUGUAGGAAAUUGGUAGGUUCAUUUACUACUUUAUAUCUAACUUGGUAUAGAUUUUUCCCUCUGGAUAACUCAGUAAACCCACUGUCAAGAUGGCCAUGCUUAUUUAUCAUUCAGAGACUCAUGGGGGGCAUGGAAGGGAUAUGUGAAACAAUGUUAAAAAAAAUUUUGGUAAUGUUUUCAACUAGGGAUCAUUUUGUUUAACCUCUUAUAGGAAAGCUUGAGUAAAUAAAUAUGAAUUGUCUUUUAUAUGUCA